AUGGCUUCAUCAGAAGAGGAUUUCUCCUGUCCUGUCUGCUAUGAUGUCUUUAAAGAUCCUGUUCUCCUGUCAUGUAGUCAUAAUGUGUGUAAAAUUUGUCUGCAGCAGUUCUGGAAGAAUAAAACUUCCAAUGAGUGUCCAGUCUGCAGGAAAAGAUCUUCAAAAUCUGAUCCUCCCUUUAACCUUAUGUUAAAGAACCUGUGUGAGGCUUUUUUACAGGGAAAAAUUCAGGGAACGUCAGCAGGGUCCGAGGGGUUCUGCAGUCUGCACAGUGAGAAACUCAAACUCUUCUGUCUGGAGGAUAAACAGCCUAUGUGUCUGGUGUGUCGGGAUUCGAAAAACCACAAAAACCACGAAUUCUGUCCAGUGGAUGAAGCUGCACAUGAUAACAGGGAGGAACUGAAGACUGCAUUGAGGCCCUUACAGGAGAAACUGGAGAUCUUUAAAACAUUCAAACUGACCUGUGAUAAAACAGCAGAACACAUUAAGACUCAGGCUAAACACACAGAGACACAGAUUAGGGAAGAGUUUGAAAAGCUUCAUCAAUUUUUACGAGAUGAAGAGACAGUCAGGAUAACUGCACUGAGAGAGGAAGAGGAGCAGAAGAGUCAGGUGAUGAAGGAGAAGAUUGAGGAGAUGAGUGGAGAGAUUUCCUCUCUUUCAGACACAAUCAGAGCCAUAGAAGAGGAGAUAAAAGCUGAAGACAUUUUGCUCCUAAAAAACUUUGAGGCCACAAAGAAAAGAGUACAAGCCCAGUGCACACUGCAGGAUCCAGAGAUGCUUUCAGGAGCACUGAUCAAUGUGGCAAAGCACCUGGGCAACCUGAAGUUGAGAGUAUGGGAGAGGAUGCAGAACAUUGUUCAAUACACUCCUGUGAUUCUGGACCCCAACACUGCACAACCACGACUCGUCCUGUCUGACGAUCUGACCAGUGUGAGAGACAGUGAAGAAUAUCAGCAGAUUCCUGAUAAUCCAGAGAGAUUUGAUAAAUAUUCGUGUGUUCUGGGCUCUGAGGGCUUUAACUCAGGGACACACUGUUGGGAUGUUGAUGUUGGGGAGAAUACAUACUGGUCCUCAGGUGUGACCACAGAGUCAAACCAGAGGAAGGGAAAGACAUUCUUUAAAACUGGUGUCUGGCGUCUUCGGUAUAUGGAUGGUCAAUAUGAGUCACAGGCCUCCGGUGAGUCGUUAACUUCGCUGACAGUGAAUAAGAAACUCCAGAGGAUCAGAGUGGAACUGGACUGGGACAGAGGAAAACUCUCAUUCUCUGAUCCUCUAAAUAACACACACAUAUAUGACUUCACACACACUUUUACUGAGAGAAUGUUUCCAUUCUUCUAUAAUCACUGUAAACUCUCUCCUCUGAGGGUCUUACCAGUGAAAAGUAACAGCGAGACAGUGGAAUAG